UUAUUUUUGAAUCUGUCAAUGUCAGAUAUCAGUAGAAACAACGCUUGUUGUUUUCCUGUCAUUCGUGUAAGUUUCAUUAUUUUGAAUUGAAUUGAAUUGCCAGUUCGUUGUUUGGUUGAAUUAAAUAUUCUGUUAAUAAUUUGGAAUGUUUAAUACAAGAAAGAAGUUGUAUUAUAAAUGUGCCCAAUAAUUAUCAAUAACGUAAAACUACCUGAAAACACGCCAACAAUUUAUCGAAAUGGAAACCACAAAAGUGAAUGCUGCUUUCCUCUGUAACUAUGAAGUGAUGCAGAUUUUACAACAACUCAAAGACAGCACUCAGAAAAAACACAAACGUGAAGGAUCGCUUGCAACGGUUACUUAUGAGACAGUGCAUUAUUUGCAAGAUACAGACUGUAAGAAACAAAAUCCACAAUGCAUAAAGAAGUUUUUAGAAGCUUUGAAGAAUUUUAAGUUGACAAAGACUGAGAAACUUAUGAUGGUAAACACUCCCCCAAGAACUGAACUGGAGAUUCAACUGAUAGUUCAAGAAAGUGAGGAGCGUUUAUCAGAAGAAGAUGUGCGUAAAAUAAUUGAGCUUGUCAAUGAAUGUCUCCCUGCAAAUGACUCCUGACAUACAGAGACGGACUAUAAAACCAUAGAAACUAAAUAGUGAUAUUUAUCAUAGCUUUUAUUAUGUUUUUAGAAUAUGUU